AUGCCGACCAUCAAGUUGCAAUCCUCCGAUGAGGAGAUUUUUGAUACUGAUAUACAAAUCGCCAAAUGCUCUGGCACCAUUCGGACCAUGCUCGAGGAUUGCGGCAUGGAGGAGGAUGAGAAUGCCAUUGUUCCGCUGCCCAAUGUGAACUCAACCAUAUUGCGCAAGGUUCUAACCUGGGCGAAUUAUCACAAGGAUGAUCCACAGCCCACCGAGGAUGAUGAGAGCAAGGAGAAGCGAACCGAUGACAUCACAUCGUGGGAUGCAGAUUUCCUUAAAGUGGAUCAGGGCACUCUAUUUGAAUUGAUCUUGGCUGCCAACUAUUUGGACAUCAAGGGAUUGCUGGAGCUAACGUGCAAGACUGUGGCCAACAUGAUCAAGGGCAAGACUCCGGAGGAUAUACGCAAGACAUUUAACAUCAAGAAGGAUUUCACGCCCGCAGAGGAGGAGCAGGUGCGCAAGGAGAACGAAUGGUGUGAGGAGAAGUAAAGUGCUGAAGAGUGGAUGCUGGAUGCAUUCUUCGGCUGUCAGUUGGCUAUAGUCGGAACAGAGAAGCAGGAGGAUAACAAUGCGCGCUAAAUUUAAAAACAGCUUCGUUAUUUAACAAAGAAUAUAAAGAAAAACAUAACAAAAUACCUAAAUAAAAAAAAAAACACAAAAAACAAAAACAAUUGAUUGAAAAAUUCGUUUUCGCGAGUAAAAUGAAUUUUGCUUAAAUAUCAAUUACAAAAAUAUUAAAGUAAGAAACACAAUCUCCAAAAACUAAA